UUGCAAAGGCCAGCCGGGCGCCAGUGUUUACCUCGCUGAGCUGUGGCAGGACGUGUCUCGAGGACCUGUGUGCGUCAUUCCGUUAGCCGUUUAUAAUGACAGAGCGCCCUAAGCUAGUGUCAGAGUCCAUCCACGAGGUGUCACAGCUGGUGUGGGGACCAAGCAUCAGGCCAGAGUUGUUCGCUAGGUGGUCACAAGGUUUUAUCUUCAGUGAGAAUGAGAGAACAGCUUUAAUACAGACAAGUGGAGGACCAUGUGCUGUCAUUGCCCCUGUGCAGGCUUUCUUAAUAAAAAACCUAAUUGCAAGUUACCAGUUUUCACAACUCAGGGAGAUUGAUAGUACAACAGUGGACCAAUUUUUAGCAGCAGCCUUGACUGAAAUCCUAUGUCAGUGUAAACAGCUGGCCUCUGUAGCAGGCCAUGCUGGGGAUAAGUCCAGCUCCUCCUCCAGCACUGAGGACAGUGGCUCCCCCACCCACCAGGACCAUGGCCCUUUUCAGAUAGCCUGCCUGGAUGACCCACUCUCCCUGAGCAAUGAGUGUCCAGGGUCCAGUCCGACAGAGCCUGAUCAACCUUCCUCCACACCAAGUGCCAAAGAUUACAGUUUGUUCCACUCCAGUGUUAGAUUAAGAGAUUUUGAAAAUGCUCACUCAUUGCAGAGUCAUUUAGAAACUCACCUGGACAGGUACAAAGCCCAGUAUGGGGUGCUGUUAUUCUUAUACUCCGUUAUCUUGACAAAGGGUGUUCAUAAAGUGAGGGAGGAGAUGGGGGACCUUGGGGAGAGCCUGAUUGAUGUGACACAGGGUCACGGGGGACAAGGCCUCAUCAACCUCCUCAUCACCGGCCGCGCUUCACCCUACGUCUGGGAUGGCAUCAAGAAUGUGGGUGGCCUUGACCUGGUUGGUGUUCUGAAGCGGCCUGCUGUGGGGUUCCUGACGCGGCUGGAACACCUACGCUACGUUCAGGUGGGCUGGUACCUAAAGAACCCCACUAGCCAGGUGUGGGUCAUGGCCUCAGAGACUCACCUGUCAGUGGUCUUCUCCUGGUGCAAGAAGCUGGUGACACCCGACUCUGAAGUAGAGCGAGCAAAGCAGGUGUUCAGUUGGUAUGACACAGAGGGCAACCACUUCAUCCAGGCCGAGAAGCUGAAAGAUGUCCUCGAGAAACUCAACCUGUGCACUGAUGACGACUUUAUCCAAUUCUUGAUGACUGAGCUUGACCCAGACAGCAUGGGAGUGAUCCUCUACCACAAAUUUAUUGAAACAUUAUUCACACCAGACCAGUCAUACUCUCCUCCAGACACUUUUCUUAUCCACCAUUACAAUGGCUUGGAGUCAUCAUGUCCAGUCAACAAGAUUCAGUAUGCUGAAGGGCGUGUCACUCUGCAAGAAAGUCAUGUUGGGUUUACCUCAGGUAAUUGUGAGUUCCUAAGUUGCCUUGCAACUAAAUGGCCAAAUGUGGAUGUGCAGUGGUCAACAUUCACCCCAUCACUCAACUAGGGUGAUCCUCACCUGCUGCCGUCAGCCUGCCAUGUACUGAAUCACAAGUUGACUGGAAAACCAAUUUCCUGAUAUAAGUCCUGUUUUAGGCUUGAAUAUGCAGUAAAACCUCACUGCAUCACACUACUUUGCAAAGACCAUGUCCAGUUAAGGCAAAAAUUAUCUAUAUUCAAGGCUUUAAAAAUAAUUGAAAUUCUACUGUCAUUAGUCUGGCCUAGAGCAUAAGUUAGCCCUGAGUAUAGUAGAAUUAUAUUUGUCAGAACUGCCCACAUGUAUAUCUCACUUUUCACAUGUUUUAAUAAUCUGUACUCUUGUUCUGGUGUGUGUAUGUGUGUGUGUGUGUGUGUGUGUGUGUGUGUGUGUGUGUGUGUGUGUGUGUGUGUGUGUAUACAAGAUUGCAUUUCUUACAAGAGUCAUGCAGGUUCCUUGCUUGCUUUCUGAAAAAUUGUCACAAAGCUGCUUAAGGAAGAGACUUUACUUCAGUGCAGCACUAUACUGCUACCUGUCUAAAGUGGUAGCUAGGCUGGAGUCAGGGUGAGGGUACAGCUCUGCCACUUUUCCCAAAAUGAAACCAGGUGAGUCACCUCCCAGGGGAAACAUAGCAGGUGAUUUGUAUCAGGGUGAGGUCACCUGCACCUCGCUUUUUGCAGUGACUUCAACAUUCUGUUUUUAUUAUUAUUUAUUUGCAUAUUUUUAUUUAUAUUCCUUCAAAAUACGUUAUAAAUUUUAUUAAAGAUACAUUCCCACCUUAAACCUGGUGCGACAAUUGAUAAAAGUAACAUGCCAGGUUAAGUUCACUGCCUCGCCAGGGCCUCAGUCAGGCUGGUUAGGUAAAUGUUGUUCAUGAUGAGUUUAACAUAUUUUUAUCAUCAGAAAAUAACAGAUUUCCUACUUGCAUUCCUUCGAAUUGCCUUCUAAAUAUUGUUGUAUGUAAGUUAUUCACUUUAAAACUGCUAUAAAAGUUAAUGAUUAAUAUUUUCAUAGCAAUGUAAAUUAUUGAUGCCACAUUUCUCUAUAGGCAUAUAAAUAUCUAUGUAGAAUAAGUUUACUAUUUGUGGAAUACCAUGAUUUUUAUGUCAACAUUAUAUUUAUUAUUUAUUUUAUCAUAUAUGUAAUGCCUUUUACAUAUAUCACAAGUUAUGUAGUGUAGUUUUAGGGAAAGUGGCAUGGCUGUACCCACACCCUGACUGCAUCCUACCUGCCAUUUAAGAAUGAUUUUAUUAGAGUGAAUCAGUGAGUUUGAACAGCACAGAACUUGCAAGACAUCUGUGUGUGUGUGUGUGUGUGUGUGUGUGUGUGUGUGUGUGUGUGUGUGUGUGUGUGUGUACAUGCUUACACUGUGCAUUAGCAUGGAUGUAUUGCAUGUGUAAUGUCCAUUGUUGGUGUCAAUAAGCACACUUAGGAUCCAGUUUGCUCAUACUUUAUCACUUGCUUACAUUGGUUUUGUGAUCCAAGCUGCAUAUUACACCAUCCAGUAAAUCUGCUCUCUCAUUAGUUAGGCUCUAACAGAUAAAGAUUUGGUGAAGUGAGGGUUUACUGUAUACAGAACAUUGAUAACUGCUUAAAGUGAAAAAGCCUUUACAUCACCAGAAAUCCCUACUAUUAUGUCUAUUAAUCAAACACUGCACUGAAGAUUUAUUACAGAUAAUCUGUGAUUGGCAAUGAUGAGAAAAAGGUCUCAUUGAAAUUGUCUCCGCUUCAUUAAUAAUAUCAAACUUAAACAUAUAGAGAAAUCAUUGUGUAUAAAAGAUUAACUCUCAGUGUUAAAUACUUUUACACCUAAUAGUUCAAGGAAUCACAAGUGCAUUAUAUUUUCUUGAUUUGUUUAUGUGAUAUGUAGUAUAUGUGUAUAUACAUGCAAAGUGUUGACAUCAGAAAUACUUCAAAGAUGAAAACAAGGAAGUGAUCUUUCACUGAGUUUUCUAGAUGAUAUGAUAUGUAAUCAAUCCAUAUACCAGGUUUAGGUCUCCCUCAAAGGGGCUGCCUGAGACAAGACACCACACCUUCUCUAAUAAGAGUAAAACUACAGAAGAAAGAUACCAAAACCUAAUACUUCUACUUUCACAUCAGCUUAGCAUCAUGUUCCCAUAAUUGCUUACAUAAUAAGAUGAAGGUAUAAAUUCUCUGAAGUAAAAUAGUUAAUGCACAUUAAAGGAGUCACAAUGCAAAAAGAUUUCUGUACAGCUUAGCAAAGUAUUAGUGAUAGUCAAGGUGCUAAAAUCAUUGGUAAUGCAAAUGGGACCAACCUUUUGUUUGUAUUACUGUUAUAAAUUGGUUAGUUUUGUCACCCCCAGUAUGCAUACAAACACUCCCACCCCUCUAGUGGUUUGUGGAUGGCAGCCUACCUCCAUCUAUACUUUCAUAAUCUAAUACUGACUGAAACCUUUGGAUGCUGUGCUAAUUUACUUCAUUGUUAUCUGUUUAUGAUUUAAAGUUACACAGUGUAGUUGGGAUUAGUGCACUGCAGAGCACCCUGUACAUGCCCAAAUUAUUCCCUAAAAUGAUACAUGGAGAACAAUUACUAGUCCCUGUGUCAUUAAGGGUUUCUUUCAGUCAUAUGACUGAUAUCCUUGAUUAUACUGCAUAUAUUGUCAGUGAUGUGAAUGAUCUUUUACUUGUUUAAUCCUCAUAGAAUUGUUGUUAAAAGCCUGCUGAAUCUUGCAUAUUGUUCCAGCUUGAGUAUUGUCUAGCUUUUGACAAAGUUUGAUGCAGUAACAUUAUUAAAUACAUUCCGCCAUUGAGUAUUAAGUAAAAAAUGCAAUAAACGUGUUGUAGUCACCCACAGACUGUCUGGCAACAGCUGAUUUACUCAUCAAGGCUGCCAAAAGAAUCCUAUGCACAUCAAGGCCUACCACCACACCGGGUGCAACUGUUGUCCUUUGGCUUCAACUGCUUUCUUAAAAAAAUUUAAAGAAAAAAAAAGUGGGUACUUCUUGAACAGUAAGGAAUUUACAGUUACUGUUAUAAUUAAGUGUUUUAUAGUUUGGUAGUUAUAAAUCAUAAGUGGCAGCACAGCAA